UAUAAAUAAGCGACGGCACAGCCUAGUUGGUAUAGUAAUCAUUGACAGCUUCAACGAUCUACACGCCUUCAACAUGAAAUUCGCCAUCGUCCUGUUCGCCCUCUUCGCCCUGGCUGUGGCCGCCCCCCCUUCUCAGGAAGCUCAGAUCCUGCGUUCGGACUCUGAUGUCGGACCCGAGAGCUUCCAGUACGGAUUUGAGACGAGCGAUGGUGUCAAGGCUGACGCUCAGGGACAACUGAAUAACAUUGGAUCCGAUCAUGAGUCCCUCGCCGUCCGUGGCUCUUUCUCCUUCGUGGCUGAUGAUGGUCAGACCUACACCGUGAACUACGUCGCCGAUGAGAACGGAUUCCAGCCCCAGGGUGCCCAUCUGCCAGUUGCCCCCGAGGCCUAAGUUUUUAGAUUAUUAAUAAAUUGUUUAUAAAAGAAAA